AUGGAAAGACUUGCAGAAGCUGCUAGUGGAAAUUCACAGAAGAAAAAAGCUCUUUUGGUCUUUGUUGUGAGCAGCUCAGGUGCAGAUGAGGUGGAGCUCUCUGACAGCACCUCCCACACCAUCACCGACGCCUACGCAGGGAAAGAGUACAUCAUCCAACUGGCGGCCAAGGACAUGGAGAUCGGCACUUGGAGCGACUGGAGCGUGGCGGUCCACGCCACCCCCUGGAUGGAGGAACCCAAGCCCAUCACCUCCACCACCGAGAGCGACAUUAUCCCAGAAACCACCCCUGGACCGCCUUCAGCCGCACCACGAGUGGGUGAACCCACAGCGGCCUGCUCCACCCUUCUCUGGUCAACCCACCUGCUCCUGGCCUGCGUCCUGCUGUCCAUCAUGUGAUGUGUAAGCUUCAUUCCUGUGGAAAAAAAAUGAGGAGUCUUCUAUUUCUAUUUUGCACAUGUUAAUAGAUAUCGUGCAUUGAUAAUUUAAUUCAAGUUCUUUUUCUCACGAAAGAAAAAAAGACCUAGAAAGAUUAAUAAACGCUGACAUUUACAAAAGGAAGACAAAAGAACAAUAAAACAUUUCAACAUCUCUGACGAUGACAGACCAGACGCAGACACAGGAACCGAACCCCAGGGGAGCAAAAGAUUUGGGGACACGAGACUCACCUGGCUGGCAGCACAAGAAGAAAACAAACAAACAAACAAAACAAAAUGCAUCCACCUAAUUUUCAUUUGUCACAAGAUUUUUCAGCCCAUUUCGAUUCUUCAAACUGUUUCAAGGACAGAAAAUGCUCAUUUUGUGUAACAUCGAUUUCCACGACAUACAGCUAACUCAUCAUGCCAAAGACUUGGACUGUUUUCUUUUUUUUCCCAUGAUCCCUAGCUUCCCCAAGCCUGUGUCUGUAAGGGAUUGAAACUGGCAGUACGAAAUCUUCACGAGCUUCAAAGACUGAAGAGUAACACAUUUAUUUUGAAGGCCAUCAUUUGAUAUCUGUUGUAUUCUUUUUGUUUACCGCUUUUUCUUUUAUCAUUUUUUUGGCCCCUGAACACAGAGAAGUUGAAACUGUAAAUAACAAAUUGGUUUGGACUGUUCUGGACCGCCUUUUGUAACAGGAAGAACAACGUGUCGUGUCAGACCAUCUGAAGAUUAAGCACCGUUCGGAAACAUCUUUUCAUUCUUUGCCUAUUUGCCUUUCACCAUCUGUUUUUGCAGACUUUUCUAGUAAAUAUCACAGUUUAAUACUACCUUCUUCAAGACAUAUCGUUUCGCUUUGUUAUCAUUGAAUAA